AUGACAGACAAUAAAGUGUGGCUGAUAACAGGCUGUGCCUCAGGGCUCGGCCGAGAGAUGGCAUUAGCAGCUCUCGAUAGGGGAGAUACCGUUGUCGCCACUGCUCGUGACCCGUCCAAGCUGGCAGACCUCGCCACGCGUGGCGCCAUCACCGAGCGCGUCGACGUGACGGACAGCGAUGACAACCUGGAGGCAGCAGUGCAAGAUAUCAUCUCCAAGACCCCAGGGAGUCGCAUCGACAUUCUUGUCAACAACGCGGGCUACAUUCUGGCCGGCGGCGUCGAGGAAGCGAGCCGGUCCGAGGCCGAAGCAAUUUUCAACACCAAUGUCUUCGGCCAACUCAACAUGAUCCGCGCUGUGCUGCCCGUAAUGCGAAAAGCCCGCUCGGGCGUCGUCGCCAACCUAGGCAGCAUUGGCGGUUGGCGUGGAACGCCAGGCGCAGGCUUGUACUGCGCGACGAAGGCAUGUGCGACGAUCUUGGCCGAGUCGCUCCGUGCAGAAGUUGCGCACCUGGGGAUCAAGGUCACGUCUGUGGAGCCGGGGUAUACACGGACCAAUUUUCUGGUACCGGGGCACCAGCUGCGCUCGAGCAGGACUAUCGAGGAUCUCAGUGACGGCGCCGUCAAGGACGCGUUGGCCAAUUUCGACGCGUACAGUCUCAACCAGCCCGGUGACCCCGUGAAGGCUGCCAAACUUAUCGUGGAUGCCCUCACCGCUUCAGGGCCGUGUGAAGGACGGGAGCUGCCCCCGAGGCUCCUCGUGGGAAGAGAUGCGUACGAAAUCGUUGGUGAAGCCAUGGAAAGACACAAGGGCAACAUGAAAGUGUGGGAGGACCUAGCUACCGCGACAGACUGCGAUCCAUGA